AUGGAAGGACCAACGAUAUUGUCGCUGACACCCCUCAACUCCCAGAAAUCGUCACAAUCAAGUCCCCAGCCACAACUCCAUUCGAAAUCGAACCAGGAGUUGCAGGUUGGCUCAGUGUCUCUGUAUGGAAUCCAUAUAGUAUCAUUGAUGAUUGAAGGACAAGAACGACUUUGCCUUGCUCAAAUCAGCAACACUCUCCUUAAGCAAUUCAGCUACAAUGAAAUCCACAAUAGAAGAGUUGCCUUGGGAAUCACAUGUGUCCAGUGCACGCCCGUACAAUUGGAGAUUCUUAGGAGAGCUGGUGCAAUGCCUCCAUCAUCUAGACGUUGCGGCAUGAUAACGAGACGUGAAGCUGAACGACUGUGUAAAUCAUUUUUAAGUGAUAAUUCUCCACCAAGGUUCUGUAAUCUAUUUUUUUCUCCGAACAAAUUUAUCUUCCAUUCUCAUGAGAACCAUGCCAAUGGCAAAUAUGUGCAACCUAACGCCGCAAACUUCAACUCUUGGAGACGUCACAUGAAACUCUCGGGAAAUCCGCCAGAUAAUAUUAUUCACGCCUGGGAAGAUGUAAAAGCUAUGUUUAAUGGUGGAACUAGAAAACGUCUAUUAUCUAGUCAUGGAUCCCGUGAACCAAUUCUUCCAACUAAACGAGCAAGGGCAUCACCUACUGUUUCAACUCCACCAGCAAUUACUCCGUCAUUGCCAACACCACCUGCACACCUUGUAUUACCACGAGUACCACCGUUUCCGGAAUUGCCACUUGCUUUACCUAGAAGUCUUGCUGAUAUGUGGCAUCAUCAACAAGCGCCAGGUUUCGCUUUCCCGUCUUCUGCAAUUUCUUGGUUAUAUAAAAGGACAUCAACGUUAUUUCCAGGACACUUACCAUCCCCAUUGAGUGGUACAGGAACAACUGAAGCUAUAAUGCCAGCUGUAGCAACCUCAUCACUUCACCAAUCGGCUUUCCGUCCAGUAAUCCGACCAUCACCGAUAGUUGAGCCGAUACAACGAGAAGAUUCUACUUCAGAGGUUACUGUCGACAAAACCGAUGAUUCCGAUGAUGAAGUCGAUAUAGAAACCACCGAAGAUGAUGAUGUUUCGGCUACAUCAAUGCAAAAUAUUCAUACUAUCACCUCUACCACUCCAGCAUCUAAUAAUAAUAAUUCACAGAAAAGUUCUUCGCCACAAUGUUGGAGUCCUCCACGAGAAACGAUACUUUUGGAUACACUCGAUUACUUCGAAGCGUCAAACAAUGAUCGAGUGUUUGUGUGA